CGAUGCUAUCAUGCUCAUAACUUUUCUCGUUGGUAUGCUAGCUACCCUUGGCCAUUCGAAGCUUAUAAUGUACAUAAGUAUAAACAACACAAAUAUUAAUUAACAAUGGCUAUGCUUUUACUUAUUACAAUAUAAAUGACUUUGGGAGGGCUAAAUGUGAAUUGACAUUAAUAGUAAUAUUGUGAGCUUGUCGGUCAUUUCACAUGUUCACAAGACGCCAUCUUACAAAAACGUGGACAAUACUGUUGGAGGUAGCAGAUACUGUGGUGCCAAAUGCAGAAGAUGAAGUCAGUCUACUGAAAAAAGCCAUCAGUGAUGGUGACAUUGUCAUGCUUGAACAUCUGCUUGACAAUGGCAUCGAUGUGGAGACCAGGCUGGCCUUUGGCUUCUCUCCACUGAUGUGGGCUGUCACCGUAGCUGACGAUAACAUGACCAAAGUUCUUCUGGACAGAGGAGCCAACACCAACUUCAGCAAAGACCUUCGGACGGUGCUCAUGGCCAGCUGUGCUGCCCCAGCGAAAGAGGAGAAAAUUGUUCGAUGUAUGGAGCUCCUACUCUCCAGAAAUGCUGAUCCAAACAUGGUGGACAAGUCAGAGAUGACCUGUCUGAUGCUGGCAGCCAGAGAUGAUUACAGCAAGGUCAUCAACCUGCUGGUGUCCCAUGGCGCAGACCUCAACAUGCAGGACAGCAAUGGAUACACAGCUUUGUUGCAUGCGGUGCAGUACGGCCGAGAGAAGGCUGUUCUAAAGCUCCUCCAGCUGGGGGCAGACACCACCAUUAGGACUAAGGAGGGAAAGAACCCGGCUGAGCUGGCCUUGCUCUUUAAGCACACACAGAUUUCCAGGUUCCUGGCCUCCUCAGCGAAUGCUGAUGCUGUUCAGCCUUUCAGCACCAUGGAUGAAACCCUUUCCAAGUUAUUAAAGACAAACACUCAGCAACCACCUUCAACUUCUGAGGGAAGUGUUCCCAAGCUGAAUGACCUGGAACUCCUCCUACAUGGCCUCGAUCUUGGCUACCUCACUGACAUGGUACAGGAGAAUGACAUUACCUGGAGCGACCUGUUGACCAUGGAUAAGGAGGACCUGGAGAAGGUUGGUAUCACAGACCCAAAGGAGCAGCAGAAGGUUUUGCACGCAGUGCAGCAGGUGCACUUGGACAAGGUGGACCUGGACACAAUCAACCUACUCGGAGUGACAGAUGGCACGAGUGAGGAGCUGCUUAACUUUCUGAUCAAACAGAAGCAACAAUGCUGCUGCCUUACUGAAACCAUUCAAGAUACCAUUAGCCGCUUCCCUGUGCAAGUUUCCAAGCUGGUCUUCUCACUGGACCACAAAAGGGAGGCCCAAGGUGUGUGCAACGAACUGUUGGCCCAGACCAAGGACCUACUGACUGAAGUCAGCUGCCUCCAUGAUCUGCUCUGCAAGAUGAAUGAGACCCCACACAGCUGUCGAGUUCCUCCGCCCAUCCCCCGUAGCAACAGGAUGAUGUGGCCCUUAACGAGCGUCGCCGUGGGGGCACUGGGGGCCGCCCUUCUCUUCUUUAGCUGCGGCUAUCUGCCCAAGUUAAGGAAAGUGCUGUCAGUGCGUGGACAUGAUCCAUGCACGGCCCAAAUAGACACACGUGUGCCAAACAUGAAGGCAUUACAGAGAGGAGUAUUUUGCUGCGUGUGUGUGAUGGUGUGUGUGUUGAACGUCGAUGCUUUUUGGUGGUACAUGGGAAGUCUGGGCUCUCAGGUGAUGUGCAACAACGUUCCAGGUCUUGUGAGCAAACAGCGCCAGCUCUGCCAGCAGCAUCCCAAAGUGAUGCAAGCCAUCGGGGCCGGGGUGAAGGAAUGGAUAUCGGAAUGCCACCACCAGUUUCGUAACCACCGCUGGAACUGCAACACUAUGGCGCGGGACCACAGCCUGUUUGGACGCCUGCUAUUGCACAGCAACCGUGAAGUGGCCUUCAUCUAUGCCAUCUCGUCGGCAGGUGUGGUCUACACGGUAGCGCGGGCCUGCAGCCGCGGUGAGCUGGACUCUUGCUCAUGCGACCCCAAUAAGACAGGCUCCUGGCGGGACAGCAAGGGCACCUUUGCCUGGGGCGGCUGCAGCGACCACGUGGAGCACGCUACACGCUUCAGCCAGGCCUUCGUGGAUGCCAAAGAGCGGAAGGAGCGCGAUGCCCGCGCCCUCAUGAACCUGCACAACAACCGUGCCGGCAGGAAGGCAGUGAAGCGCUUCAUGACGCUGGAGUGUAAAUGUCACGGCGUCAGCGGCUCGUGCAGCCUGCGCACAUGUUGGCUCGCCAUGGCCGACUUCCGACGCACAGGAGAUCACCUGCGUAGGAAGUAUGACGCCGCCGUGCACGUGGCUGUCAACCAAUACGGCACCGGCUUCAUGAGCCACACGGGCACGCACUUGAAGCGACCUGGCAAGAACCAGCUGGUCUACUCUGAAGACUCACCUGACUUUUGCAUAGCAGACCAGGCAUCAGGCUCGAUGGGCACGGCUGGACGUGUAUGCAACCGCACUUCCCGUGGCGCCGACGGCUGCGAGGUGAUGUGCUGUGGGCGGGGCUACGACACAUCCCGGGUCAGCCACAGCGCCCAGUGCGAGUGUAAGUUUCACUGGUGUUGUGCCGUGCGGUGCAGAGACUGCCACCAGGUGGUAGACGUGCUCACCUGCAAAGGUCACACGUGACCUCGGUCUUUGUCACUGGACACUGAGCGCCUGUGGUCGCAGACUCCUGCUGAAUAAGGAAGUGGACAUGGCUUCCUUGGACUUUGAGGUAGCCAGCUGGGGGCCACCUGCUGCUAUCAGCUUUUUCUCAACUCCUUGGGCUUCAUUAUGAAGUUGUAUCCUCAGUUAACCACCAGGUGGUGCUGUAUAGCAGUGCUUCAAGACAACUCCUGAUUGGGGACGCUGGACAAGACCUGACCCACUUCCUAUCUGCUGAAACAAGGGGAUGCAUGACUUGAAUAUCAGGUGACAUGCAGUCAUACACGAAAAGUUCUUUAUUUUUUUUGUCUUCGCUUUUUGUAAUGAUGGCAACUGUUUUGUACAACAAACACCUUUUUAAAUAAUCCCCCCCCCCUCAAAAAAAACAAACUAACAUGUCAAAUAAAGUCCAUUUGCUUA